CGUACAAAGCAACCAAGAGUUACAGUUUGUGCUGCUAUCGCUGUACCAGAGUUGGCAAACUUUAUCACAAUUAUAUUGUACGCUAUAGUUUGUUGCUCUAACAGCAAUGCUCAACAAGCAAACAAACUGUUAUCUUCUUGUCUUUCGAUUAUGUAUUGUUGUCGCUAUUUUGGAGUCGCUUUCUUGUGACCAAACAGUCGUUUGCCCUACACACGAAGAAGAUGUUACGCUGUACAAGAGAAGUAUUACGGUGUACCAACUUGUUGGCACUAACAUUGUAUUCACCCCUAAUCGAUCCGACAUCAAACUAGGAUCUGCAUCGUCUCAAAAAUAUUUUUGGACCGUCAACGCUUUUGAAAGUAAUUUUACCUACCAGUGGCUAAAAGAAGUCAAAUCAUCAACAGGAAAGAAAAAUCCGGAUAUCUUCAAGUCGUUGUACAAACGUCUCCGCUCUUUAGCUAUAACAAAGAAACACGAUGGUGCGCGAUUAACAUAUACUGUUCGACUAACAAAUUCUUCGAGCUUUCAUUCUGAAACGGCAACUCUACGUAUAGGUGAACUACCUAGUGUUUCGAGACAAUCAAGCAUUUUGAUAGGUGAAUUAGGAUCUAUUGUCGAGGCUUGUUUCAAUGUCAGCGGAAGUCCCAAGCCUUUACUAAGAGUUCACAAAGAUAGCAAUGACAGCAUCACUGCGAUUUCUACCAACGUAACGAGAAACUGCGUCUAUUUUGGACCUCUGGAAGUCAGUGACGCUGGAAAUGUUAGUGUCACAGCAGAAAAUUGUUUUGGACAAUCAAACUUCACUCUUCAAUUUCAAAUUAUCCAAAAACCGUCUCCUAGUCCAACUGUUUCAAGACAUACCUCUCAAUCUAGAGCACAUACAACGCAACUCCCAACAAACAAUAGAAUCAAAACACAAACACAACAAAUACAUAAUCAAACAACUGAUUUUUCCUUUUCAGCAUUCAUUUUGAGUAGCAAUGGAGGAAGUGUGGUGUCGAGUAACUCGAAAAUAACUAUGUCUGUUAAUUCCACACUAAUAAUGCAAUAUACUUUGACCAAUUUGUACGAUAAACUACACAUUCGUCACAAUGAGAGGGCAACGGAUCGUGUGUUUGACCGCUAUCCAUUUUUAAUCAUACCAAACGUACAACAAUCAGACAGUGGAAUAUACGAAAUCAUUGCAAGAGAUAGAAAUGUAAAUACAAGUCUGUAUUUUACGCUUCAAUUAAAGGCAUCACCUUCUACAACGGACAACUUAGCUACACCAUCAAGUCACAACGUGCUUGAGCUACGUGACACGUCGGAAAAAAUUGAAGUGUGGACUACAGCACUCAUUGUCGUCUCGGUCUGUAUUUUUGUCUUUGGUCUACCAACUGCUUUCCUUGUUUACAAAUAUCGUCAACGCUUGAAUUUGUUGACUCGCAGGCUAGCCAACUCAAGUGAAGGAGAACAGAGAAGUACCACAUAUUCCAACGUUGAAGACGUCAAGCAGAAAGCGAUCUUUACUAAACGUGGGGAAACAGUGAGUUUAUCGAAUUCGACGGCUGCAUGCGGCGACGCUGUCUACGAAUGUGUCAAAGAGGAUCAAGUGCGACAAGCCACAAUCGAAUCAUCUCAUGAUGUUAAUCAAGGCUAUGCAGCUUACGGAAUAACAGUUUAAUCUCAACUUUUUGAAGUACUUUUUGCUAAGAGUGUUUGUUAUUCAGUUGACUUUAACGCAUGUAUGGCAAACAUCUGAGUAACUGUCAAGUAGCUAUAGAUCUUUUUUUCAGCAUGUUUUUGUGUUAAUAACGUAGAAUAGGAAGAGUCUAUGCAUUUUGCAAAAAGAAGUCUAGUUGUAAGGCAAAUUGAAAGC